AUGUUGUCUGGUUUCUUAGGCAGCAAAAAGCGCAGACAGAUCGAAGGGACUGUGGCGUUGGUGAAAAAGAAAAACUCCUUCGACUUUACUGAUAUUAGAGGGUCUCUGUCGGAUCGUGCAAGUGAGUGUUUGCUUUUAGGCCGAGGCGUCUCUAUCCAGUUGAUCAGUGCUUCUAAAUUCGACCGAGAAAGGGGAGGCAGAGGGAAGAUUGGAAAGCCUGCAUAUCUGGAAAAGUGGAUUACUAAAUCCCCACAUCUGACAGCUGAAAAAUCUGAAUUCGAAGUACACUUUGAGUGGGAAGAAGAAGUAGGGAUUCCAGGAGCAAUUUUUGUGAAGAAUAAGCAUCCCAAUGAGUUCUUCCUUAUUAGUUUGAAGCUGAAAAAUGUUCCGCUCGGUGAAAGUGAAAUCCACUUCCCUUGCAAUUCUUGGGUUUACCCUGCAAAUGGAUACGAAGAAGGUCGCGUUUUCUUCAGCAAGAAGACAUAUCUUCCUGCUAAAACACCAUAUCCUCUCCGCGAUUAUAGAGAGGAAGAAUUAUCCAAAUUGAGAGGGGAUAGAAUUGGAAAUAGGCAACUUGAAGAACGCGAUAGGGUCUAUCAGUAUGAUGUUUAUAAUGACUUGAACAAUCCCAAAAAGUAUAAACGUCCGAUUCUUGGAGGAACCGUUGGAGGGGAAAUUGAAUAUCCUUACCCUCGUAGAGGACGAACUGGAAGGCCGUUAGUACAGUCAGAUCCAGAAUACGAGAGCAGAGUGAAGCUUUCGGCCCCAGUGUACGUUCCAAGGGACGAAGAAUUUUCUCCACUGAAGAAUGCGGACUUCGUUACUUUUAAAUUCAAAUCUGUGACUAAGGUUAUUAGAGCUUUGAAAGCUCGUGACUCUGAAGAGUUUGAUAGCUUUGAUGAAGUUCUUGCUCUCUACGAAGGUAGAUUUAAGUUGCCAAAGACUUUACUUAAGGAAGUAAGUGAUUUUAUUCCACUCCAAAAAUUAAAGGAAGUUUUCCGAAUUGAUGGAGAAGCAUUGCUCACAUUUCAAAAGCCACAGGUGAUUAGAGGUAACAAAAAUGCAUGGAUGAAAGAUGAAGAAUUCGCAAGAGAAAUGCUUGCUGGAGUAAACCCUGUCAAAAUUUGCCGCCUCCAAGAUUGGCCUGUUAAAAGCAAGGUGGAUGGUACUAUCUGCAAAAUAAGUAAAGCUGAUCUCGAGAAAAACCUAGAAGGGCUAUCUGUACAACAGGCAAUGGAGGACAAGAAAUUAUUUAUACUGGAUUAUUAUGACGAUUUCAUUCCAUAUUUGCGGCGAAUAAACACAACUGCUGCUAAGGGUAUUAGUUCUAAAGUUCACCCUAGAACGUAUGCUACUAGGACAAUUCUGUUCUUGAAAUAUGAUGAGACAUUGAAACCACUAGCAAUUGAAUUAAAUUUGCCCCGAGAUGGUGAUUGUGAUGGGACUCCUCAAGUCUACUUGCCUGCUGAACAAGGCGUGGAAAAAUGGAUUUGGAUGUUGGCUAAGACCUACGUUGCGACGAACGACUCGAAUUAUCAUCAACUAAUUAGCCAUUGGUUACUUACUCAUGCUGUUGUUGAGCCUUUCAUCAUUGCAACAAAUCGCCAGCUUAGUGUGAUUCAUCCUAUUUACAAACUUCUAGCUCCGCACUUUAGUGACACUAUGAAGAUAAAUGCACUUGCUCGACAAUCUCUCGUUAAUGCAAAUGGCAUUAUAGAGUCAACAUUUUUGCCAGGAAAAUAUUCUAUAGAGCUCUCAUCUAACGUUUAUAAGAAUUGGGUUUUUACAGAUCAAGCACUGCCAGCUGAUCUUCUGAAGAGGGGAAUGGCAACUGAGGAUUCAACUUCUCGUCACGGUCUUAAUCUUGCCAUUAAGGAUUACCCCUAUGCUGUUGAUGGACUAGAUAUAUGGUUUGCGAUCAAGACUUGGGUCCAAGAUUACUGCUACUUCUACUAUGAGUUAGAUGACACUGUUCAAGAAGACAAAGAACUUCAAUCAUGGUGGAAAGAGCUUGUUCAAGAUGGUCAUGGCGACAAGAAAGAUGAUCAAUGGUGGCCCCAGAUGAAAAAUCGCGAAGAGUUGAUAGAAUCCUGCACGAUUCUAAUAUGGAUUACUUCAGGACUCCAUGCAGCUGUUAAUUUUGGACAAUACCCAUAUGGGGGCUAUAUCCUCAACCGUCCUACUAUCACUAGACGUUACAUGCCUCAAAAGGGUACCCCAGAAUAUGAAGAGCUUAAGAGUAAUCCACAGAAAGCUUUAUUGAGAACCAUUAAUUCCAAGGAGCAUGCGAUCCGUGUCAUAGCAGUGUUAGCUAUCUUGUCCAGGCAUUCUUUUGAUGAGGUAUACCUUGGACAAGAUGACAUAUCUAAAUGGAUAUCCGAUAAAGAGCCCUUAGAGGCAUUUCAGAGAUUCAAAGAAAGUAUAGGAAAAAUUGAGAAAAGAAUUGAAAGAGACAACAACGAUGUGAGACUUAAAAAUCGACAUGGUCCUGUUAAUAUGCCCUAUACCUUACUUUAUCCUAGCAGUGGACCUGGGCUGACUGGGGAGGGUAUCCCAAAUAGUAUCUCUAUAUGA